AUGUGGGUGGCUGCAAAAUCAUUCGCACGACGGACAUUCGCCGGUCCAUCUCGACCUCGCCCGCCUCCUCGUCCCUCACCAUCGCCCGUGGACCGUGAUGACACACGACAUCGGCAUCAAUUCAAUCCAGACCCAUUCACCCUUACCCCACCCGAAGAGCACAAGCACCUCCCACUGGUCAAUGCUCAGACCCUUGCCGCAUCCAAGACUCGCCCCAGGUCAUGUCGUAUGUUGGCUAGAGACUUCAUUCACGACAGUUUGUACAAUCCUCACUACGGCUACUUCAGCAGACACGCUGUCCUAUUGCCCGAUGUCGAGAACGAACAGGGCGAGAGGGAGGCAACCUUCGGCGACAUCAAGAAUGAAGCUGACUUCAUGAGGAAGGUAGAGGGAAGCUACAUUGCCUUUGAGAAGAACUUCAUGGAUAGAGCUGCCAAGAAUGCGCCAGCACCGCCACCGCCGCCGGCUCAUCCAGAGUCAACUCCUGCUCCUCCUCGUGCUCCUUCACAGCUUCCUAGAUCCUUCUCUGCCGCCGGUCUUGACGCAGCCAAGGCACAAGGUCGUGCAGCCUGGCUCAAGUCGCAGCAGCAAGGCAUGCAGCACGACGAAGACGUCACAUCCAUGGUCGCUCGACAGGUCUGGCAUACACCUACCCAGCUCUUCAAACCUCACUACGCCAACAUCGUCGCUCAGCACUGCAUCGAUUCGAUCAGCGAUGGCCGUCCAUUGAUCAUCUAUGAGAUGGGUGCUGGAUCAGGCGCAAUGGCCGAGUGCGUUCUUAAUUAUGUUCAGGAGCGGUAUCCGGACAUGUACAGCUCUAUGCGGUACCACAUCAUUGAGAUCUCGGAUCGCUUGGCAACACAGCAAACGCAGCGUCUGACCAAGCAUCUGGAUAACAAGAGGGUGACAAUUCAUCGCCAGGAUAUUCUGACUUGGAACACUCCGGUACACGAAGACUGCUUCGUCUUGGGCUUGGAGGUGCUGGACAACCUCUCGCAUGAUGUCGUCCGCUACUCGACGAGCGACUCCACACCUUAUCAGUGCUACAUUUCAAUCGACUCGACUGGAGAUAUGCACGAGCUAUAUACCCCCGUGACGGACCCUCUGAUCCGGCAAUUUCUCUCUCUGUAUCAUCAGCUCCGGCCGCAGGAGCAAGCGCCAGCACUACCCAAGACUCUCACCUCGCUGCCCUCACCUCUGCGACGACUAGUGGCAAAUCAACUGCCUUUCUACCCGAACAUGUCCCAACCCCACUUCAUUCCUACCUCGUCCCUGAAGCUGCUGCAAACACUCGCCCACUUCUUCCCUAACCAUCGACCAAUCUUCUCGGACUUUCACACACUGCCAAAGGACGCAAGUGUGAAAGGCAUCAAUGGACCAAUCGUGCAGACGCGGAUCGGAGGGGAGAUGGUCGACGUGGGCACCUACGCCGUGCUUCAGGGGUACUUUGACAUCUUCUUUCCAACGGACUUCGAGCUGCUCAGGGACUUCUAUGCACAAGUCGACAACGAUGGCAGGGUUGCUCGCAGGGGCUUGGAGGUAGUCAAGCAUCGAGCUUUCCUGGAGCGCUACCCGCAUUUGGCAAAGGGAUGUCAGCUGAAGGAUGGAAGUAACCCGAUGUUGAGCUGGUACGAGAAUGCCAGCUGGUUGAUCGGCUAG